AUGGUCAGCCACUUCCUCCUGCUGCCAUUGGCAGACACGCGGCAGCUGCAGCUCCUGCACUUCUGCCUCUUCCUGGGCAUCUCCCUGGCUGCCCUCCUGGGCAACGGCCUCAUCAUCAGCGCCGUAGCCUGCGGCCACCACCUGCACACCCCCAUGUUCUUCUUCCUGCUCAACCUGGCCCUCACUGACCUGGGCUGCAUCUGCACCACUGUGCCCAAAGUGUUUUUCUUUGACUUUUUCAUUGCAGCAGAAUUUGCAUUCCUCACUGUCAUGUGCUAUGACCGCUAUGUGUCCAUCUGCAAACCCCUGCACUAUGGGACCCUCCUGGGCAGCAGAGCUUGUGCCCACAUGGCAGCAGCUGCCUGGGCCAGUGGCCUUCUCAAUGCUCUGCUGUACACGGCCAAUACAUUUUCUCUGCCCUUGUGCCAUGGCAAUGCCCUGGGCCAGUUCUUCUGUGAAAUCCCACACAUCCUCAAGCUUUCCUGCUCACACUCCAGCCUCAGGGAAGUUGGGCUUCUUGUGGUCACUUUCUGUUUAGCCUUUGGCUGUUUUGUCUUCAUUGUUUUCUCCUAUGUGCAGAUCUUCAGGGCUGUGCUGAGGAUCCCCUCUGAGCAGGGACGGCACAAAGCCUUUUCCACCUCCCUCCCUCACCUGGCUGUGGUCUCUCUGUUUCUCAGCACUGAAACAUUUGUCUACCUGAAGCCCUCCUCCAUGUCAUCCCCAGCAAUGGACCUCAUGGUUUCAGUUCUGUACACGAUGUUGCCUCCAGUCCUGAACCCAUUCAUCUACAGUCUGAGGAACCAGGAGCUCAAGGAAGCUCUCAGGAAAGCCAUGACUGGAUGUUUUUCAGCCUUUUCAUCUUCCCAUAACAGCCCUCACUUUGCGUUGGCAGCUAGAAAGGAGCUAGAAACACACCCCUAA